AUGGCUGCUGCUGGCGAAAGUCGGCCCUCCCGUAUACGCAUUGCUUCAUACAAGGUCGCCGAUCCCCAAAAUGCGGGAGAUCUCUCCGAGCUCCACAGGCAAUCGGCAGCUGCUGAACGCACCCGCGAUUUGAUCGGCCGUCUCCGUUCACUCGAGCCUCAGCUCCCGGACCACUUGCCCAUGGUGUCAGAGCCAUCUGGCGUGGUCCAUCGUGUCAUGACCGAAGUGUGGGGAAUCGAUGGGAAGGACAACAUCCACGGAACGUGUGUGCGACGACUCGACAUCCUAUAUGCAGAGCAUCUGCGCGCUUCUGCCGAUGGUCGUCUUCCCAACAUUGUCCGCGGGGUGAAUGGGUUCCAGCUCGUGAUUGGGUAUCUGGAGUCGAUUCCAUGGGAGACAGUCCCGGAUCUGGUCAGCACAGUCCAGACCAAGAUUGUUCGGCUGGUUGAUGAGUUGGAGGCUGUGUGCAAUACUCCUCCGCCGAAGAAACAGACAAACUGUGUCAAUGCAAGCAACAAGAGUACGAAGCCACCACCAAAGAGUACGAAGCCACCAUCAAAGCUCUCACAAACUAGCAGCAAGGAGAGGCAGGAUGCUGGAGGCAGUUCUGCCGGUUCUGCGGGAGGAGAGAGAAAGAAGAAACAGAAGACGAGUGGCUUACAGGAGAAGAUGGACGCUAUCUUCAAUGCGAAGUUUCUGCCACAAGCGAAGAAAAGCAGGAAGAACAAGAAGAAGAAGAAAUCGGGCAGCAGCCACCGAGACUCUGGCUCCGAUUCAGAUGACCGUGACUACACCCUUCCCAAGAACUUGGCCACACUCUCAGAGGAAGACGAGGACGAUGACAUCGAGAGUGAUGUAGCGACAAAGGCAGGCAGAAAACGCAAGGCGGCCGAUAUCUCAGACAAUGAGCAAAGCCCAGGAGAUGGAGGAGACAUGUACGCUGAGGUGUACACGGAUACGAUACGGUUGGAGCCUUAG